AGACCCUUCAGAUAUCUGUCCAAAGUUGGCACAACCUGUUCUGGCCAUCCUGCCGUGCUCAGGCUUGGUACUUUGUGUCCAUUUGUCACCUGCUUCCAUCCCUCAUGCAGUGGCAGGUUGCUUUACAGCUCAGUGCUGUCUCUACGAUUUCUUUCUGGUAUUUUUUUUUUCCCAGGGUCAGUCACAGCGUUUCCUCAUCGCUUUAUGAUGAAAAGUUUGAUUGUUUUUGAGGAUCUGAGGAAAUUACUGUCUUGCUUCCUCAUAUUUCAGGCCCUGGAAUGGAAACUGUCUCUCUGUCAUUGACUUUCUUCUCUCGCCCGUUGGUUGCUCAGCUGCUCCCUUCUGAUUUGGUCUGUGCUUUCUGUUUGGUUCUUGAUGGUGGAGGGAGAUGUUCCCUGUGAAAUACUCGGCCCCUCAAAGGCACAUCAGCUUCUUUCUUUAAUUUUGCUGUCACAUCCCUACCAUUUCCAGACGCAUCCUAUCGAUCCCUGGCAGAAACGCACUUGGGGACACGCUCAAAAGACCUGGGUGAUCCCUCAACGGCCAAAGCUCAGCCUCAGCAAACCUUCCUCCUCCUCCUCUUCCUCCUCCUCCUCCUCUCCUUCCUUCGUCCUGGCCAUGAGAAGCACGGGCAGCAGCAGCUGUGCUCCCCCAGCCCUGUGCUCCGCCGCCCCGGCUGCGCCCCACUCGUCUCCCCGCAAGUGAAGAAGAUGAGACAAGAUCCUGACUGAGCAAAGACACUGUUGCAUCUGAGAUGGAGCCCAGUGCCUGCAGGAUGCCUCCACUCCUCUCCCGCAUCUACUCCCUGCAGCUGUGGCAUCUCCUCCUCGUAGUCUUGGCCGUCCCUCCUCCUGGCACAUGGUCUCUUCGCUCUCGGGGCCUGGCAGCCCCACGGCCUCUUUGCACCCGCCGGAGCACCUCGGCCCCACGGUCCAUUUGCAUCUGGGAAAGGACCUCACAGCCAGAGCGGGAUUCCCGCUCGGAUUCCCGCUUGGAUUCCCGCUCGGCCGUGCCGCGCCAGCGUGCCCUGCCGGCACGGGGAGCAGAGCUGCGGCACGUGGUGCGGCUGAGGCGCCAGGCCGCGGGGGCCCGGCCCGCCACGCCCUCGGGGUUCGAGGACGGCAUGCCCUCCUCCCAGUACCCCUGGGCUAUCGUGUGGGGCCCCACGGUGUCGGAUGAGGAUGGAGGGGACACAAACUCAGCCAACCCAGGCUUCCCACCGCUGGGAUACACCUUUGUCUCGCCGCACGGGAUGGCGACGGCGCAGCCCAACUCCCACUCGCUUCUGCACAACGCGGGGCUCAACCUGCGCGAGACCCCAGCCACCCUGCGGCCCUUCUUGUUCGGGCCCCGGGGGGAAGGUGUGGACCCCCAGCUGUACGUCACCAUCACCAUCUCCAUAAUCAUUGUCCUGGUUGCCACUGGAAUCAUAUUCAAGUUUUGCUGGGACCGAAAUCAGAAACGCCGGCGUCACUCGGGGCAGCAGAGCGGUGGGAGGCAGCAAGAGAGCCAGCAGCCCCUCACAGACCUCUCCCCCACCACCGUCAGCAUCCUGGGGCCCUACGGCGACCCCCUGACUCCCACACCUGAGGCGGAGGGGUCCAGGCAGGGCCAGGAGGGUGCAGAGAAACUGGGUGGCCAUGGGAAGAAUGCAGCGUUCCAGCUUAACCGAAUCCCACUGGUGAACCUGUGACGAUCCCGGGAGAGGCUGAGCUGGCUCCCCCACCUUCCUGUCACCGCUGGCAAGCGCGGACUCUCCCCGCCUCUGCUACCCCAGAAAAAAAAAACAACCUCCUUGUGCCAUGGCCCACCACCACCUUUAUUAACUAACCCCACUGGGAUGUGCCUGGGCAAAUGGACGAGCUGGGCCUCCUUAGCCUCCUGCUGGGGGAAGGUUGGGGACCUGCCCUGCCCACGCAGGACAGGGUGACAAGAGAGCAGAAUGGUGGGAGGGAAGACAGCUGGUGGUGGUGUGAAAUCUUGACCUCCCCAGCCCCUGUUCUAGCAUCUGUGCGCAGACACACUUGGAUCUCCAUGACUCUCUCACCAGUGCAUGCCUGACAUCGGGGGUAGGCAAGGUGGAAAGGCGUACCCCUGUCCCCGUGGGCCCUCACCCUCUGUGUGUCCCUCCCCAUGUCGUGUGCUUUGCAGUGAACGUCUGGAGUUCAGUGGCUGCAGGAUUGCCGGCCAGGUAACUUGGAUGGUGGCAACUUCGUCUGUUCCUGAGACCUUGGCCUUCCUGAGAGUCCCAAGGAGGGGUGAAGCUUGGGCAGAAAAGGCUCACAGAGCACCUGGGCCCUCUCAACAACCCAUUUCCUUGAAAGAAACAUUAUCUUCCCCCUAGAUGGAAGAUAUUCACAUCUUUCCAGUUUCUUUCUGCCUAACACUCCUUUGGGCUUUUUUCUCUUCAGCUUGUAUCUUUUUUCCUCUCUCCGUCCACAGUCUUUUCCCCUCAGUUCCCACCCCCAUGCCACGUCUCUUGCCAGUUAAAGUUGGAAAUUAUUCCUUUAGCUUUCCAAAUGUUUUGAUCUUUGAAAGACUCCUUGAUGUCCCUCUCCACCCCUUUGGCCUCCUUCAGCAAGGUUUUUCUGAAUAACACCAGUCUAGGAUGACACUUUCCAGAAAAUCCGAGGUGAAGCCCUCUGCUCACCGUGUUAUUUAGCAAGUCUCCUGUACACAGCUAAAGUGUGGAAUGCAGAUAUUGCUGGGCAUGAGGAACUUGAAUUUUUCUGGGCUCAGGAAGAGAUUUGCUUUCAGAUACUCCUGGCACAGGCACCAAGGCAGCAAACAGGACUCUGUGCCUGGGAUGACCAAGAGCAGUUUAGAGUUUAUCUUGGGAACACUGGAGGGGUUGCCAUGUACUGCUGGUAGGUCUCUCCUGGAGGGCAAGGUGACUGGUAAGCCACAAGGCAGUGCUCACCAAGGGCAUGAGAGAGGGGUAUCUGGGCUCCCAGGUGAUGCUUCAUUCAGUUCCACAGCUGAUUAGAAACCGAAAGCAAUGGCACAUGUAAUCUAUCCAAACUGGUUGCCUGCACAUGUUAUAUGUGGUGGUCUGUGGGGCUGGCAGCCACACUGUCACUUACCUGUGUGAGCAAGAUCCAUGCAUCUCCACCUCUUCCUAGGCAUGGACCCAUGGGUGUCACUUUAAGGACAUAUGAGAUGGCAAAUUUCAGCUUAAUGACAAUAGUUCCUCUUAGCUUUUAUGGACAACUUCAAAUUAAUUAAAACCCCACACCGACUACCACUGAGGUGAAAAAUGCACAUUUAGUUGCCCCUACAGUGUACAAACACCUUUAGCUGCUGGACUGAUAUGGCCAGAGGCAGGAAAAUCACCCACCAUUUGAAGGCCCUAAUGCACCGUACAAGGUCUCUUACAAAAGUCAUCUUGGAGACAGGGAUGCAGCCUUUCAUCCUUUAUCUCUGCAUAAAAAGCCUGUUCUUUAUAGGACAAAGCACAGGGAAUUUCAUAAAAGGCCUGGUUCUGCCCAUUUACCCAGCUGAACCAUUAGGUGUUCUUGGGUCCCAUCUGACUCACUGUGAAGGGCAUUUAAAUCAGAGUGUAAAUUACAAUAAGCUUCCCAAAAACAGCAGAGAUUUGGAGAAAAUGACAGGUCAAAUAAAAUUACUGGCUUAUUAAAAGCACAGAGUGGCUGAAAGAUGUAGGUGGAAAAGGACUCUGGAGAUCUCUAGUCUAAGCACAGGUUGAUUCUGUGCUUACAGCAGGGGAUAUUAGCACUUUACCGUAGAUCGAUCUGUUACUGAGCCUGUUCUCAUUCAGGAUCCAUGCAAGGCUUUGGUGGACAUUUAAGCUGCAGAUGGACAUGGAAGGACCAGGUGGCAGUUCCUGCUCGCUGCCCCAUUCAUUGCUGCCCCUGUUCCCGCUCUCCCUGGCACAUCUCUGCUGGGGAAGGACAUCUGCAAGAGGCUGCACUGCUGCUUGCUGGCAAUUUGCAAUACCUUGAACUGGUUGAAGUAAUCUUCCAGACCAGAUUAAUUAGAUUGUUCUUUGAUCAACAGCAUUUGUUGAAACAAGGCCAAGGUUUAGACUCUUCCACUUAAUUGGCUGUCCUUGGACUUUCUCUUUCCACAUGCUGCAUGGAGAGAAGGUUUGUAAGAAAGUGGCAGGGGACCACAGGAGGCAUGGAGAAAACAUUUUUCAACACUUGAUGGGGCUUUUGUAAAUUCUGCAAACAAAUUAGAUUUUGGUGGUUUGGGAUUUUUUCCUCCCCCUUUUACAUGUCUCUGGUUUUGGUAAUAGUAUCUCCAGGGAGAGAAACCUUUCAUGGAUACUGUGGUAAGGGGAAAGCAGGUGAAGCUGCGUAGAGAAAACUCUACAACAACAGAGGCUUGGGUAUAAUGAACAUCUUUUCUAAGAACAAUUUUCCUAGCCAAAUACAUUUUUUAUGAUAGUAAUUCAAUUUCUCACACAAAACAGGUUAGAUACAGGGAAACAACUUCAUUGUCCUACCCAAACAUUCAUUACUAUGCUUUGUCCCUGGAACAAAACACUCAGAAUACAUGUGGACACACAAGCUUCUUCCAGUUAAUAAAUAAUCUCACUGGAUCUGUUUUCUCCAUGACUGGAACCUUAUAAACCAUCUUCCCCUACACAGACUGGAGCCAGAGCAUGCCUGAGGUCUUUACCCUGGCCCAGGGUAAUAUUUUGUCAGAUGUGCACAUGGAUGGGUUGACAGCACCAGCCAGAGCAGAGGAGAGCACCUUCUUAAUCACAGCCCAUCAGGUUUCCCUGUCUUCUAGAUGAAUGGAGGAGAAAGAUUUUUUUUUUUUUUUUCUUUCCAUUAGAGAGAAAAGUGUGCAGGGAAACCAACUGGAAGUGUUUGUAAUCUUGGGCUAAUUCUGCCCAACAUUUCUAUGCUAUUGAAAGGGAACAUCCAAGUGGGCCGAGUGAGAUGAAGUAACUGUGUCUCUGCUGAGCUCCUGGAGAGCCCUGGCUUUUUGAACACAAGGGUGGUCUCUCUGUGAGCACAGUGGAAGGGAGGGAAGUUCCUGCUUUGAAGCAGGAACUGGAGUUUCCUUCUCUUUACCCAAGAGAGUGGAAUGACCCCAAGGCCAAAUCCUGCUUGGGCUUUCCCAUCUGGUUGGUUGCAAUUAGUAGGCAGGGAGCAGGCCUCUGGUGUGUGUUUCCACACCACUCCUCCAGUCCAGUUUCCAGGGACUCACAUCCUGCCAAGCAUCCCAAAAUUCAGAGAGGGCUAUCUACCUCUUCCUCAAUGGCACCUAAGUGCCCUUGCAAAUCUGGUCCCUUCAUUUCCCACUCCACUUCCCGAUGAAGAAAAAUGCUUGGAAAGGAGUGGUUUGUUCCUUUCCUGCAAGUUCUCAAACAGGACCACCUUGAGACUGUUCUGAAUUAAACGGUUUUGGUUUUUCACGCUGACAAACCACAUUUGUGGCACAGCCUUAGAGCUGAGACCUGCAGCACAAAAGUCCUGGGUCAAACUCCAGCUCCCCAGCUGCAUCCCUUCUGUCCCACUGUAGUCCUGGCCCUACCUUGGCAGGACCAUAGAGAGAGGUCCCGUCCCUUCACCAACUGCUGGCUCUCUACUCCUCUUUUCCUGUUGUUUUCCCUCUCCCACUGUUUUCCUUCUUCCCACUCUUGUCCUGUACCAUGGUCUCCCUCCUGGUUCUCUCUCCCUUCCUAUCGUUUCGCUUCCCUACUCCUCUCUUGUUCUCCCUUUGCCACUCGGUCUCGUUCUGCCACGGCUUCCAUCCACCCCUCCAGCCUUCCUCCUGCUCCUCUGCUCAGUCUCGCUCUUCCCCCUCCCCUGCCCUUGUGCGCUGUGAUAUAUAUUUUUGUAGGAUUUCUCUUCUCCUUGUGGUGAAAUAUUCAAAUCUUGUGGGAUGUUAGUUUCAACAUUUUUAAAUAAAACUUUGCAAAAUAUUGAAAGCA